AGGUCUGCGCGAGUGUGCGUGAGGUGCAUUUCCUUGGGAGUAUCGUGCGCGAGCGUGUCUAUUGGAUCUCGUCCGCCGUUAAUCGCGGCCGCGACCGUCGUGUAGAGUCGUUUUGACUGCGAAUCGCAUCGAGUCGACUCCUGCUUCGACGUGUGCCGACGAGAGCUGCCGAACGUUCCGUCUCGUGUCACCGAGGAAGUGUGUCCAGGUCGAUUCGGUGCCCAAACACCAACAGCCAUGGCCGCGAUGUCCGUGAUCGGGAUCGACUUUGGAAACGAGAGCUGUUACGUGGCUGUGGCCCGCGCUGGCGGCAUCGAGACCAUCGCCAACGACUACAGUCUUCGCAGUACUCCGUCGUGCGUGGCGUUUAGUGGAAAGAACCGAAUACUUGGAGUAGCAGCCAAGAACCAAAUGGUGACCAAUGUGAAGAAUACUAUUCAUGGUUUUAAAAGAUUAUUAGGUAGAAAAUAUAAUGAUCCGCAAGUUCAGUGCGAGCUGCGGUUUCUUCCGUUUAAAAUAUCUCCGCAAGCUGAUGGAAGCGUCGGUAUACACGUACACUAUCUUGGAGAGGAGCAUGUCUUUUCACCAGAGCAAAUUACAGCUAUGCUCUUUACGAAAUUGAAAGAUAUUUCCGAGACAGCGCUACAAACUGCUGUUAACGAUUGUGUCAUAUCAGUUCCUUCGUACUUUACCCAAACUGAACGCCAAGCUCUGCUUGAUGCUGCUAGGAUUGCGGGCCUUAAUGUUCUAAGAUUAUUUAACGAGACUACUGCUACUGCUCUUUGUUAUGGUAUUUAUAAGCAAGAUUUGCCAGCGGCAGAGGCACCUCCUAGAAACAUUGUUUUUGUGGAUUGUGGUAACGCCAGCUUGCAAGUGAGCGUUUGUGCCUUUCAUAAAGGCAAACUUAAGAUGUUGGCAAGUACCGCUGAUAAUCAAUUGGGUGGAAGAGACAUCGACGUUAUUUUAACGGAACAGUUCUGUAAGGAAUUUAAGACGCGAUACAACAUUGACGUACAUACCAAUCCGCGGGCGUACUUAAGAUUAUUAGCAGAAGCGGAGAAACUGAAGAAACAAAUGUCGGCUAAUUCAACCAACCUUCCAUUAAAUAUUGAAUGUUUUAUGGACGAGAAGGACGUGCGCGCCGAUAUGAAGCGUAACGACAUGGAAGCACUAUGCGCUAAUCUGUUUGACCGUGUGGAGAAAACGCUUAGGCAGUGCUUGUUGGAUUCGAAGUUGAAGCUAGAGGACAUUCAUGCGGUCGAGUUGGCGGGAGGAUCGAGCCGCGUUCCCGCUAUCAAACGUUUAGUGGAGGAAGUCUUUGGUCGACCAAUAUCGACAACGCUGAAUCAAGACGAGGCAGUUGCUCGUGGUUGCGCCUUACAGUGCGCUAUGCUCAGCCCUGCUGUGCGUGUCCGUGAAUUCUCUGUUACCGAUAUACAACCGUAUCCUUUGAAAUUGACGUGGGAUGCCACUCAAGGCGAGGAAGGUGAAAUGGAAGUAUUUGAACAUAAUCACCCUGUGCCGUUCUCAAAAAUGUUGACGUUCUAUCGUUCGAGUCCGUUUACGCUAACUGCUAGUUACAGUGCACCACCUCCGUAUUAUCCUCAAACAUAUAUUGGAACGUUCACGAUAAAAAACGUAAAGGCUACGCCAGAAGGUGAAUCAGCAAAAGUCAAGGUGAAGGUAAGAGUGAAUUUGAAUGGUAUAUUAACCAUCGCGUCAGCUUCGCUUAUCGAAAAACGUGAGCCGACUCAACAAGAGAAGGAAGAAGAAGAGGCUCAGCAGCAGCAGCAGCAGCAGCAGCAGCAGCAACAACAACAACAGAAUAAUAUGGAUGUCGAGUCGCAAGCGACAGAUAAGAAAGAUAAAUCUGAUCAAGAUGCACAGGCUAACGAACCACCAGCUACAGAGGUGAGCAUGGAUAAGACACGACGGAACUCAGAUGCUGAUGAUGGUGGAACAGGUGCUAGGGGUUCUGCCCCUUCCUACUCCUCCAGGAUUCUCUCUUGGUUCAGCUCGGGGGAUGAUAAAGGCGACGAUAAAAGUAGGAAAAAGGUUCCGAUUCGUACAAUCGACUUACCUAUUGAAGCUAAUAUUUGUGGACUAUCUCAACGAGAUCUCGAUGCUGCAGUGGAAAAAGAGGGUAAAAUGAUUGCUGAAGAUAAACAGGAAAAAGAACGAGUUGAUGCGCGUAAUGCCUUGGAAGAAUAUGUUUACGAUCUGCGUGCUAAAUUGUCCGAGGAGGAUCAAUUAGCUACAUUCAUCACGGAAAUAGAUAAGGAAGUGCUAUGUCGUAUGUUAGAUGAUACUGAAAAUUGGCUCUAUGAAGAAGGAGAAGAUUGCCAACGACAGAUUUACUCUGAGCGAUUAACGCGUUUGAAGUCUCAAGGGGAACCAAUCAAGGAAAGGAGAUUAGAAUUUGAAGGGAGAUCUUAUGCGUUGGAAGAAUUGGGAGUGGCAUUACAACUGGCUAAGAAAAAUUUGGAUCAAAUAAAAGUGUCACAUGGAAAGGAUGACAAAUAUUCUCAUUUAACGGAGGAAGAAGUGAAAACAGUCGAGAGAACUGUACAAGAUAAAUGGACAUGGUUGGAAGAGAAGCGUAUUCUACUCGCGAGUACACUUCGCACGCAACAACCACCGGUCACUGUAGCGCAUAUUCGGGCUGAGAAACAAACAUUGGACAGUGUAGUAUUUCCUAUCCUCAAUAAGCCUAAACCUAAAGUAGAGCCGCCAAAAGCGGAAAAGGCAAAAGAUAAGGCUGCUGAUGAACAAAAAAAUAAUCAGAAUCAAAAUGCCCAAGGUAACAACCACAGUCAAUCCAAUCAACAGCAGCAGCAAACGGAAGAAGAAAAAAUGGAUGUUGAGUAACAGUCAUCACAAAUUAUGUGUUUUUAAUAAUAUUAAAUCUAUCAUAAUUGAAAUAGGAAAUAUUUCAUUUGGAUAAAUCACGUUUGUUGUCUCGAAAGCGCCUGACAUCUGGUUGCACAUACGAUCAUAUUUCCGUUUCUUUUUUCCCCCUUUUUCUCUGUUAACACCUAUUAAUUUGGUAAAUUAUCUGGUAAUCUAUUUAAUGACAUAUAUAUAUAUACAUACAUAUACUAUCAUGAGCUUAUGCCUAUCGCGCAAAACCGAAAGAAAUAAUGUAAAUUUGUGAAAUUUUUUGAUUAUGCGACAGCUCAUUGUAGCAUUUGCGAUAUAUAUUAUUGCAAAUGUAAUUAUAAUCUGGAUAAAUUAGAGAACGCACGAUCGCGACGAAUUAUGGAAACUUUUAUAUAGACUAAAGGCUCUCGAGUUUUUUUUUCUUUUCAAGUCUAUACUUUUCAAGUAAACUUUCUUAAUAUAUAAAAUAUAUAACUGAAUUACACAGAAAAGAUAUUUGAAAAGGAUUUUGAAAACUAUUGCCAGUAAAACGAAUUAAUGUGUUGCGACUUUUUAUGUAUAAAGUGAGUGUUGAGUUAGACUUACUUGAGCAAAUUGUGAACUAGGUAAUGUCGCUGGCGAUCUUAUGUAUCUAACGAUACAAUUAUUCAUUCCAACAUUUUCUCACGGCCGACAGUAAAUACUCUGUCACAAAUUUUUUUGUUGCAUUUACGAUACUUAAAUUAAUUAAUAUUUCGCUAAUUGAAAUUGUGCUAAGUCCGCUUUAAAUUUGGAAAUAGUAUCCACAAAGAUGUUAAAGAAAAUUGCAAUUCCCUUUUCUUUUUUUUUUCGAGUUUUGAUUGGACUUGAAUCGAUGUUUUUAGUGCAAAAAUCACUCUAGAGAAUUAUUGUAAUUCAACUAGAUAUAUCAUUGUACAUAACUUGUAGGCAUCUACACAAUGACAUAGUAUAUUUCUUUAUCUAUCACGAUAUUUAUAUUUCUAUAUUACUUCGCAGCACAUAGAAAAUUCAUUACAGCGAAGAUUUAGUCGUUCCUAGAAUAUGCAAGAUAGGCGGUCCAUAUUUCACACUCUUACGCCUAACUUUGUUCCCACGUCGCUUUUAGCAACUAAGAGUCGCAAAUUAUUACGUAUGUAUAGUAUACUUAUUAUUAGGAAGAUGUAAAAAAUGUGAGAGAGUGUUAAGAACACUUACUUUUUUUUGAAUGACAAGUUUCCACCACACAUACAAUGCGUACUUUCUGUUAUUCUCUUGUGUAUUUCACGCAUGUUACGUUUGUGAUUCUUGCGCAAUUAUGUUUAUAACAUUAUUACAUUUAUAUGUCCAGCAAUUAUAUCCAGUUGGUAUCCAUCAGUCUUAUCCGGAUUAUGGAUCAGAUACUUAAUAAAUUUCACCCAACUUUCAACAGUAA